AUGCUAUGCGUGAAUGCCGAAGCAAAUUUCGGGGCUUGCGCAGAACAAAAAAUACAUGGGUUGUGCGUCCGCAGCAUUUCGGCAUGGAGACCAUUUCCACUUGUCGGAGCCGCUGUAGCCAUGGGCAGCGAGACAGAGGAAGCACGCCGUCGGUACCGCAAUACGCUGUUCGACCGCGAGGCGAAAGCAGCUGCGAGCCUUUUGGAGCAGGUCCGCCAGUACGUGGGGCGCUCCGGGAAGUGCCAAGUCACAGAUUUCGAGGACCUGUGCACGAUCCACCAUGCUAUCAGCAACCUCUUCGAAAGAGUCAAGAGGUUUAGCAGUCUCGAGUCCAUGCCUCGGGUGUACCGCAACGCUGUCAAGGCUGCGAACAUCGAGAGGCCAGCGGGCGAAGCCGAUGAUGCGCAGCUCCUGAUCUUGCAGGGUACCAACGACCUGGAGGAUCCUCCGUCAGAGACGGUGUUGGACCUCACCCCGCCAUGGCUUCCCAGAGACGGGGAGAAGAAGGGGGGCGGAGGAGGACAAGAGGGUGUUGUGUAG